AUGGCAGAUGUACCAGUUAUACGAGAUGAUCCAAAUAUUCAAAAUAUUAAUGAAAUAGAAAAAGAUGAUGAUCGUUUAGAAAUUUUAUCAAGCAUAAUUAAUGAUCGCUUUGAAAUAUUAAAACGACUUGGUUCAGGUUCUUUUGGCGAAGUUUUUCUCGCUAAAGAUACAACCACAAAUUUACUCUGUGCUAUUAAAACAGAACGUAGUGAUGCUAAACAUCCGCAAUUACGUAUUGAACAGCAAAUAUUUUCGAGAAUGAAAAAUUGUAAAGGUUAUCCAUCGAUGAUAGCUCUUAUUGAAGAAAAAGGUUUUAUUGUUCUUGCUAUGGAUUUAUUAGGUCCAUCUCUUGAAGAUUUACUUAAUUUUUGUCAAAGAAAAUUUAGUAAAAAAACAGUUCUGAUGCUCAUGGAUCAAGCAUUUAUACAUAUUCAACAUAUGCAUGAACGAUAUUUAAUACAUCGAGAUUUGAAACCUGAUAAUUUUCUUAUGGGUACUGGAGAAAAAGCUAAUAUAUUACAUGUAAUCGAUUUUGGUCUUUGUAAACAAUAUCGAGAUCCUAUCACAUAUGUUCAUAUUUCACUGGUUCAUGGUAAAAGUUUAACGGGCACCGCUCGUUAUGCUAGUUUAUACACUCAUCAAGGAUAUGAACAAUCUCGUCGUGAUGAUCUUGAAUCAUUAAUAUAUAUUCUUAUUUAUUUGUCGAAAGGUGAAUUACCUUGGAUGGGAAUAAAAGCAAGUGAUAAAAGAAAAAAAUAUGAAUUAAUUGCUAUGAAAAAAUUGAACAUAACAUCAGAGGAACUAUUUAGAAAUUUACCAAAACAAUAUAAAACAAUUUAUGAUUAUAUUCGUUCAUUAACAUUUAACGAAAAACCAGAUUAUGCAUAUAUACGUUGUCAAAUUCGAUCUAUUUUUCUUAAAUACAAUUAUAAAUAUGAUUAUAUUUAUGAUUGGUAUCGUGUUGCUAGACGAAUGAAAAAUGUUUUAGAUGAACAAGAAUGA